AUGCUUAAUAAAAAUCAACUUCCUUUACUAUCAAACUCUUCCCAAGCUCCUGUUAUAACAAACAGUCAAUCAAACAAAAAUAACUCCCAAAUGUCUCUUAUGGAGGGAAACUCAAUGAGACAGAGUGGUAUUUCUGCCAAUUUGACAUUAAAUCUCACAAAAACAAGGAUCACCCGAUAUCAAGAUACUUCAUAUUUGCAAUAGAAAACAGUCGUUCCAACAUCGUUAAGCAGUUUAGUGGAUGAUCCAAAGCUCCAUGAAUAUACACAAUAAAGAUUAAAAACCAAUUUUUAUGGAACCAUGUAUAGAAAUUCUUAGAGCAUGACGUCCUACAAAACCAACUUCACAGAAUUGGAUUCUAAAGAUGGCACCUUGGAUUUGAAUCCAUUACUCAAGAAUGUAAAAUCCUCAUAAUUAUAAUCUUACUUGAAGAAGAUUAUUCAACAAUAAAGUGAUAAGAUUUAAUAGAGUUCGACUUUACCUAAUAGACAGAUGGCAAUAGACUUAUAGUUGUGGUUUGAUUACAUGAUUAAAAAAGUGAAGCAAUCAGUCUCGGUAGAGAAUAACAACACUCAAAACAUAGCUGAAGAGAUCUCGCUUAUCUACUCGUCUUGUCUAAAAGAGAUCAUCAGAUAGGUAUCCUUGGAUUGCAAAGAGCGAGGAUAGUUACUUGAAAAGGUUUGGAAUUCUUAUAUUGUCUUAAUUGAUGAUUUAAUUUCAAAUAUUAAUAAAACCAAUUAAGAGAACCUUGAAAAAUUAAAAACUAUUUAAUAAUCUUAACAAUUAAAUUAGACCCAAAAAAAUUAUCAAUAAGACUAUCUAACCUUAUCGUAGGAAUUCCAACAGUUUAAAAUUGAGAAAGAGGCACUAGACAAGAAAAACACAUUUCUAGAGGACAGAAUUAAAAAGCAGAGAGAAGAAAUCUCAUUGCUCUAUUAAAAAAUAGAAUAAAUCUCACAAGAAUACAAGAAGCAUCAAAAUCAUCAAGCUCAAUCCACUGAUGUAGUAAUUCAAUUGCCAAAUGGAUUUUCUAAUAUGCAACUCAAGCACUUACAAAGUAUUCAAGAAGGAAAGUCCAUAGUUUCACAUAUUAUGACCAAAAAGGCUUAAAUUCCCAUUCAACUUAAAAAUAAAAGCUUGUCUCCCAUCUAAAUUGUUAAGACCUCAGAUGACGAAUAAAGCAAAACUCCACUGUCGCAAUUACAACUUGAAUUUGAUAACAUGGAGGAUUCUCAAUUGAUUAAGAUACAAAAAUAUCGUAGAAAAUCAAAUGCGAUGUAGAAUGUAAUCUUGGAUGAAAAAUAAACAUAGACAGAUAAAAUGAUUUUUAGCAGCAUACCUAUUUUGAAUGAAUUCAUUCAUAAUUUCAUUAAUCAUGGUGUGAAAGCUAUCUUUGAUGAGGUCAAAGAAGAUGAAUAUAGAGAGUCCACUUAAAUUGUAAGGUGUGCAACUUCUAUUUCCAUUGCUUAAGAAGACUUUGUCAUAGAAACUAUUAAUAAGUCAAAAAUUAAGCAAAGGGUUUAUGAAGAAUUGUAAGAGUACGUUACAAAACUUAAUGAUAAAUAUAUAGAAUUUCAAUCAAAAAAUAUAGAGCAAAUGCUGAUCAUAAAGGAGCAUUAGGUUGUAGCUUAGAAUUUGGAGCAGAAUCUUAAGGAGGCAACUUAAGAUUUCGUAGAAAUUCUAAAGGAAAAACAAUUGACUAUAAAAACUUUAAAGCAUGGAUAAACUCAACUGUUGAAAAAGCUCAAUUCAAUUAGUUAGGAAUAGUUAUCCUCUAAACGAUCACCUUAAUUUCCAUCACCAACCAGAAAGACACCUAGUUUUAAAAAUACUUUUGACUUCAAUAAGGAAGCCAUAUCCAAAGAGAUAGAUAUAAUUAAGGUAGAGGAAGAUGAUGACAACAGUUCAAUUAAAUCUGAUGAUGAAAAGCAGAAAAUUAAUUAGACUUUUCAGAUCAAUAAUGAGGUCUUACAUUUAAAUGUACUUCAAGAUCAAGAUGAAUGUGAUGGGUAAUUAUAAGGAGACGAGAAAUAGGAAAUAAAUUUAGAUACAUCAGCCUAUGCUGAAGAUGAGAAUCCAUUGAAUGAUUAGAAAUCUGAAAUUACCCAAUCUUUGUAAUUGGAUCUACAAUUAGAAAGCAAAAAGGUCGAUGAAAACAGAAUGAGUAAUGUCAAGGAAUUAAUUCAAAAAUUUGGAUUGCAAAGACAAUCUACUAAGAAAUUUACUAAGCCUCUUUAGAUGAGAGUGUCUUUGUUAAAUGAACUCAAGCAGGACAAAAAGAAAGUGAAACGUAUUUAUAGUUAGAAUACAGAUGCUGCCAAUUCUUUGAUGAAAGAACUGAUAGCGAAGACACCUACUAAAAAGGUUGUUAGGAUUCCGAUAAUUCCAAUCAUAUAGUUAUUAAAGAUAUUUUAUACACUAAUUUUGGAUGCAUCUAAAAAUCCAGAGGGUUACAAGAUACCUCUUCAUAUUAGUAUUUACGAUUAUUUUCUUAAGAAGUAUGGUUUUAAGAACGUGGCUGAGAAGAAAAUAAAAUAAAUAUUUUAGUUCAUAUGUAGUAAGAUGGAGACUUUACCUAAAAUGUAAUUUAUGGCUAGACUCUGUUAUAUGCAUGGGGAAAUGGAUGAAGCUAUUUAUAAGUAGAUUGUUGAGACGGUGAAAUAUUUCAAUAACAAGGAGGUCAAUUUUCAUAAGAAUGAUUUGAUUAUUCAAUUGGAUUUGAUGACUGAGUAUUGCAAUGAAUUUCUGGCCAACUUUCUUGGAUAAAGCACUGUGAAUCAAUAUCUUAAUUCAUUGAAGCAUAAGAAGGAAAUAUUGUUUGAACCAGAAAUGAUCACAAUAUUGAAUUUAUACUUUUCAAAGAAGAAGCAAUGUGAAGAUUCAUUAUAACUGAUAUUUUAGGCUGCUGAUUUGGAUGGAAAUCAAUUGAUUGAGUUUUCUGAAUUUAAAACCUUGUAUAAGGCAAUUCAUCCUGAUCUUUAUAAUAAAACUAAGGCCUUGCAUUAAUUUAUUACAUUCGCAGAUUUCAUAGAUGAGAAUACCAAAGAUAAAAUGAUUACAUUGGAUCGAUUUGCUGAAAUGGCGAUAGAGUUGAAUUUGUUUAAUCGAGAAAAAAUCAAUUAAUAUGGUCAAGGAAGCCAAUCCUUAGUCCAUGAAUGGAAUGAAAAUAAAAAUUUGAUUAAAUAUCGGUACUUGGUUUCCAAUAACUACCAUAAAGUCAAAUACACGUUUAAUUUACUAACUGAGUAAAUUUAAUUGCAUAUGCAAAAGCAAAACUGCAGUCAUUCAAUUUAAAUUCUUUGGGUGAGUUACAAAUUGCUAUUUGAGAGAUCCUAAAGAGUCAUUUUAAAUUAUGAAUUAAAAUAACUUAUGGAUGACUUUGUUCCUCAGGAAUUAGCUUAAAUUACUUAGAUUUACAAUGCAAUAGCAGAAAUUAAUUUAUGA